CAGCCCACCCCGCAAUCGCCAGACCCCCUCCCUCACGGCCCCCUCCAGCCCACGCGCCGCCGGGGCUCUUCAUCCCCACGCCUGCACGUCUGGGGGGUUCCCUCCCCGCCCCAAAACCCCACCACCCCCUGAGUGCGUGGCUCCCCUUCCCCCAUGCAGCCCCCUUUUCCCAUGGGGGACGCCCCGACGGCGGAGCUGGACACGGUGCUGGAUGGGGGCGCUUGGGAGGUGGGGGCGACUUUCGAGGGGUCCCCCGCGCCCCCCGCGCCCGUGAGCCUGGGCAGGACCGUCUGCUACGUGGUGCUGGCCGUGCUGUUCAACGAGGAGGGCGCGGUGCUGCUGGUGCAGGAGGCCAAGCCCGAGUGCCGCGGGAGGUGGUACCUGCCUGCAGGCAGGAUGGAGCCCGGGGAGAGCGUCGUGGAGGCCCUGCGGAGGGAGGUGAAGGAGGAGUCGGGGCUGGAGUGCGAGCCCAUCACGCUGCUGGCGCUGGAGGAGCGCGGCCCCGCCUGGAUCCGCUUCGCCUUCCUGGCGUGCCCCGUGGGUGGGACCCUGAAGACCCUGGAGGAGGCAGACGCCGAGUCCCUGCAGGCCCGCUGGUGGCCGGGGGACCCCCGUGCGCUGCCCCUGCGCUCCCUGGACAUCCUGCCCGUGCUGGACCUGGCCGCCCGCUACCGCCAGAGCCCCCCGCACCCCCCGACGCUGCCCCGCGAGCUGCCCUGCGCCCCGCUCUGCCUGCGCCUGCUGCUGCCCUUCACCAGCGCCGCCGGCGACCUGUGGGUGCUGCUGGGCACCGCCGGGACCCCCCACCUGCCCGUGGUGGCCUGCGGCACGUCCCCCCCCGAGCUGCGGGCGGGGCUGUGCCGGCCCGUGCUGCGCCUGCUGCGGGACUGCCUGCCCUGGGACCCGCCCUGGGACCCCCGCCCGGGGGUCCUGGGGCUGCUGGGGCUGCAGCACCGGCCCGGGGGGCCUGGGGGGUCUGACGGCGUCUGCUUCAACGUGGUGCUGAGUGCCCCACCCGCUGGUACCCACGGGGACGUGCCCCCCGAGCCGAGUGACCCCGCGCUGCGCUGGUGGCACGUGGAGGACGAGGGGCUGAGGGGCCGCAUCCUGCAGCGGCUCCGGGCCACGGUGCCCAUCCGUAGUUAGUGCCAGGGAAAGCCUGGAUUUGGGGAAUGGGGCAGGGGGUGGGGGGGGGAUGCAUCCAGGGGUCUCGCUGAAGGUGGGAGCUCUGGGGUGUGCUUGUGGAUGCUCUGGGGGCAGGACACGGUUGUGGUUUCGGGGUGCUGAGGCCACAGGGAAAAUAAACCUGGCUGCUGCUGCUGCUGCU